UUCGACUCGAGUGGCUCUUGUCUCCGAAUAGAAGGAUCGAAUAGAAGCUGGCAGCGAUUUGGAGAACGAUCGACGUAUAGAGGCCAUCCAUCCGAUCGGCACGUAUACAAUCACAGUAAUGUGGAGCCGGAAUGGAUAGAACCAGAAUAUAAUGCUCGACGAUGUCCCGAUGGUUCUCUCAAGGUCAAAUUCGCAAAUGUUAUGGUGUGCUGCCUCGGUGUUGAGGACGUCGGCUAUGUGAAACACACGACUCGACUGGAGAACGGUAGUGAACGAAAGCGAAUGUGUGUCGAAUGGGGUCAUGUGGCUCGGGCUAGGCAACGUCAAAUCGAAGCUCGAAAAUGCCAACAGAUGACUGCUCUCAAUGCCACGAUGUAG